UAAUAAUCAUAAAUCAGAAGAAAUCCGAUUGGCGCAAAUCGGUCACUGCUCAGAAGCAAUGGCUGCUGUUUCUUCUCUGCAUUUCCACUCCCUUCAUUCGCUUUCUUCAUUUUCACGCCGCCACUCACCUUUGCAUCGAGUCUCAAGGAGGAAAGUGAAUUCCGCAAUCAUCUCCUGCAGGCAGAGCAAUGGCGCUGAUCAGAAAUGCUCACGUUCGGGUGUUGUGGAAGGAUGCGCUGUGAGAAGGAGAGAGCUGUUGGUUGGGGCAGCUUUUGCUACGGUUGCUCUUCCUUCAGCUAGCUCAGUCGCGCUUUCUGAUGAAAAUGAUUUGGAGGAAGGCUUUCGUGUUUACACUGAUGAAGUGAAUAAGUUUAAGAUCACUAUUCCGCAAGAUUGGCAAGUGGGAACUGGAGAAGGAGAUGGAGUAAGGGCAUUGAUUGCAUUUUAUCCCCCCGAAGCUUCUAAUUCGAAUGUGACCUUAGUAAUCACUGUCCUUGGGGCUGAUUUCACCAGAUUGGAGUCAUUUGGAAAAGUUGAUGCAUUUGCAGAGACUCUAGUCGGGGGAUUGGACAGAAGUUGGCAGAGGCCUCCUGGUGUUGCUGCAAAACUCGUAGAUAGCAGAUCUGCCAAUGGUUUGUAUUACAUAGAGUACACAUUGAAAAAUCUCGAUGAGAGCCGAAGACAUUUACUUUCAGUGCUUGGAGUAGCAAAUAAUGGUUUUUACAACAGAUUGUAUACUCUCACCGGACAGUUUGUUGAUGAAGAGGAAGCAAAAUUUGGUCCCAAGGUUCAAAAAGCAGUUUCAUCCUUCAGAUUAUUUCAAUGAUGCAUUUUGUUGAAGGCUUUUACUUUGAGCAUUUGCCAUUAAUUUGAAAGUUUUGGAGCAUAUAGUCUGCACCAUGAAAUCUUCUCAGGCCAAUUUCAUGAUCGUCGGCAAAACAUAUCAGGAAACUUUUGAGCCCCGCAUAUGUCCUAAGGUAUCCCUGUCUCUCUGUGUUUUUCUCCCUCAGUAUUUAAAGACUUCAGUUUUGAUUUGAAGAAUUAAAAGUCACUUUGCUCGGAAUUGGUUGAGAAUCAUUGUUGUGUUAGUGUACUAAUGACUUGGAACCUAAAUUGUUCAUAUGUUUGGGAAAUUAGCCAGUUUAGGAAUUA